CUCGAAUUUUCGCCUCCCUCCCAGGCGACCCCUCCACGAUCUUCCACCCAACUAUCACCAAGAGAUGGCCAUCGCGAAGGAACCAGGUCAACAUGGGAUAAACUGGAGUAACAUCGCCGUCGGCGCUAUUAUGAACAUGUUUGAGGUCACUACAUUAGGCCAGCCUCUCGAAGUCAUCAAGACUCAAAUGGCCGCCAACCGUAACCAGACGAUGGCACAGGCACUGAAGGGUGUCUGGGCACGAGGCGGCGUUACCGGGUUCUACCAAGGUCUCAUCCCUUGGGCUUGGAUCGAGGCAUCGACAAAAGGAGGCGUGUUGAUCUUCACGGCUGCUGAAGUCGAACGUGGCGCGGCAUCGUUUGGCGUAAGUCAGGCGACCGGUGGUCUGCUAGGAGGUAUCAGCGGUGGCGUUGCUCAAGCGUACGCUACGAUGGGCUUCACGACGUGCAUGAAGACGGCAGAAAUAACGCGAUCGAAGCAAGCUGCCACGGGUGUAAAGCCACCAUCAACGUGGGCUGUUUUCGCUGAUAUCUAUCGCAGAGAGGGUAUCGCGGGAAUCAACAAGGGAGUGAAUGCCGUUGCGGUUCGUCAGGCAACCAACUGGGGUUCUCGGAUGGGUUUCGCUCGUCUAGCUGAGGACCUCAUUCGUAAGUAUAAGGGCAAGGGGGAAGGCGAGCAGGUCACGGCUCUCGACAAGAUUGCCAGUUCAGCUAUUGGUGGUGCUCUUGGAACAUGGAACCAGCCUAUCGAAGUCGUUCGUGUGGAGAUGCAGUCCAUGGUCAAGCAAUCUGCCGACUCAAAGCGUCCCGCCAAGCCUACUGUCUUAAAUACCCUCGCAUACGUCUACCGUGAAAAUGGUAUUAAGGGUUUGUACCGUGGUGUUACUCCUCGUGUCGGGCUGGGUAUCUGGCAAACCAUUUGCAUGGUUUCUCUCGCUGAUUAUGUUAAAAUCUGGGUCAAAGGGACACCGGCGAAACAUUAGCUGAAUGAAUACCGAUAACCGAGGAUACCGCAUCAUUAGCGAUGAUCAUCGAAAAGUUCAUCCCUUCAUUUCACUCGUGUUUUCCUUGAUCUUAUCUAUGUGGGGGCCCGAAAUUUCAUUUCCACUUGUUGCUUUACAUGUCUACGAACAGCAUGUGUGGGUUAUUGCAAAUCAUACUAGAGUCGAGUUUCUUGGAACCAGCAACGUCAACAUGUGUAAAAUUGAAACACAGAAAGUACAGGAUGUGGGAGUCGAUAGACCUAAAAACAAUCCCACCGAUUUGCAUGCAUGAAGAAUAAGAGUAGUAUUAAUAUGCAAGGGUGAAAGGCUAGUGGAGAAGAACUGUCAAGUGGGGCGUUGGGGCAACAAUGACGAAGUCAAUGGAGCUAGACACGAGUUGACUCGACC